AUGUCAGGACCACCUCCCGCGCGAGGAGGCCUGUCCCUCUACGCCAACCUUCUCGACCCUGGCGGCACAAGCGACUCGCCAUCUGCCAACAAUGAUGCUGUCGCAAACAAGCAGCAAAACGUCCCAGCAAAGAAGGCCGUAAAUCCAGCGUUCGCCUUCCAACCCAUCCGCCGACCACAAGUAAAGCAACCCAACAAACCCAAGCCAACCCUCCCAAAGGCGCCACCCUCCAUAUCCAUAGCAGCUGUCGCAGCAACCGUCAAGACAUCCGAACCCGACAACAAUGGCACUACUGCUACCACAACAUCAGCAGCGGCUGCCGCUGUGCCCCAACAGCGCAAUACCCUAGCCGACUGGGUAGCCACCGAAGACGACGAGUACCUCUACAGCGGAUCCAAUAACCGACGAGAACGCGGCGGGCGCAGAAGAAAGAAGAAGAAGAACGAUGACCGGCCAGUUGAGACCAAUUGGGACGAACUCUACGAUCCAGCAAGACCCACCAAUGUCGAGGAAUACCUGCGCAGCGACGAGCGCAUCAGAGAGAUCCGCGACUGGAAGGCGGUGUUGUAUGCGCAUAGACGAAAGAGGAGGGAUAGUUUUGAUAGUAGGAGGAGUGAUGAGGAAGAGGAGGACGAUAGGAGGGUGAUGAAUAUUCGCGCCUCCGGCUUCUUUCUCGUUUGCACCACCACCCAUGUCACCACCACGAGCUACAACAACCACGUCAGCACCGGCGCCAGCGGUAGCAAUACCCGUAGACGAAUCUGCCGACGAAGCAUACGCCCGAAGAUUAGCAUUAUCAGGCAUGGCGCCACCACGACGAUCACCUUCCCUCUUCCACCACAACCACCCGCAGCCGAACCCUCAACAACAGACCCAGCAACCAUAUCCCGCGCUCCAGUCCGCUACGAAGCUCCACCACAACCGCCUUCCGCCCCAGAAGGCUCUGGAGACGACGCAAUGGACAUCGACUCGGAAGAUGAAGAAGUCAAUUACGACGCUAUCCCCGUUCCUCUCGGCACCCACUCCGCCUCAGAAGAAACAGAAGAUGCCAACGCUCCCAAAUCAAAACUACCAGGCCAAGCCGGCUUCGCCGCUCGUCUCAUGUCCAAAUAUGGCUGGACCGCCGGUUCCGGCUUGGGAGCCUCAGAAUCAGGCAUCACAUCCGCCUUGCAAGUCAAGGUUGAGAAGCGCAAGAAGCGGUCCGAUGCUGAAGGCGGUGGAUGGGCGGAGCCUGGUGGGAGGGGCAAGAUUAUUGCUGGGAAGUCUGCAUCAUCAAAGCCAGAGGAGAAGGAUGGUGGCAGAUUUGGCAAGAUGAGCGAGGUGAUUGUGUUGGAUCACAUGCUUGAUGGGAUGAGUGAUGAGGAAUUAAGGCAGGAGGUGGAGGGCGGAGACCUGUACGAGGAGAUUGGGACGGAGUGUGGAGAGAAGUAUGGAAGGGUUAUGAGGUUGUUUGUGGAGAGAGAGGGGAGGAGGGUGUUUAUUCGGUUUACGGAUGGGGUUUCUGCGCUGAGGGCUGUCAACGCACUUGAAGGUCGCAUCUUCAACGGCAACGCGAUCGUUCCGAGGUUUUAUGACUUGGAGAAGUUUGAGGCGGGGUUACAUAAGUAG